ACGUAUAGAUUAUCAUUGCUGCUUAAUUAAAUAAUACAGUUUCUAUCUUUGUCAGAUAGUAUAUUAUACUUAUUCAUUAAGAACUAAAUAAAAUACAUUUAAACAGUAAUAUUAAUAAGAUUUAGUAUACUGUGUUUCACGUGAAUAUGAGAUGGCAAAAAUCGUAGCGUGUGCAUUACUAAUUUAUUUAAGUUUAAUUUGUAAUAUAUUAAAUGCUAACGAGCAACAUGAUAAUGAUAUUAAAGAUACAAAUACAAGAUCAACGUACCAAAGUCCAAAACCAUCUGGAAUUGCUUAUUUAGCAGAACAUUUUGACAAUAGAGAAAAAUUUGAUACUGCAUGGGUAUUAUCAGAAGCUAAAAAAGAUAAUAUCGAUGAAGAUAUCGCCAAAUAUGAUGGAAUCUGGACUAUUGAAGAGCCUAAAAGACCUAUACAAGAUGGUGACUUAGGUUUAGUAUUGAAAAGCAAAGCUAGGCAUGCAGCUAUUUCUACUUUAUUAAAUACUCCUUUUCAUUUCAAUGAUAAGCCAUUAAUUGUACAAUAUGAGGUUAAUUUUCAAGAUGGUCAGGAAUGUGGUGGCGCAUACCUUAAGUUAUUAACGCUUGAUCCCAAAAAUACAGAAUCAAACUUAAAAAAUUUUCAUGAUAAAACUCCAUAUACUAUUAUGUUUGGACCUGAUAAGUGCGGGAAUGAUCAUAAGUUACAUUUUAUUUUCUGCCAUAAAAAUCCUUUAAAUGGUAUAGUAGAAGAAAAGCAUAGUAAGAAGCCAAAGGAGAGAUUGGAGGAUUUCUUUAAAGAUAAACAACCACAUUUAUAUACUUUAAUAGUUCGUCCUAAUAACACCUUUGAAAUCAAAGUUGACAAUAAAAUUGUGAAUACAGGAUCGUUAUUAGACGAUUUCAUUCCUCCUGUAAAUCCACCAUUAGAAAUAGAAGAUCCAUAUGAUAAACAACCUGAUGAUUGGGACGACAGAGAAAAAAUCUCAGAUCCAUCAGCAGUAAAACCUGAUGAUUGGGAUGAAGAUGCUCCAGCGCAAAUAGUAGAUGAAGAAGAUGUUAUGCCGGAAGGAUGGUUAGAGGAUGAGCCACCUAUGAUACCAAAUACUGAUUCUGUUAAGCCCGAAGAUUGGGACAAUGAUAUGGAUGGAGAAUGGGCACCUCCUGAAAUACCAAAUCCUAAAUGCGCAAAUGCUCCAGGUUGUGGUCCUUACAAGCAGAAAAUGAAGAAGAAUCCACGUUAUAAAGGAAAAUGGUUACCCCCGUUAAUUAAUAAUCCUAAUUACAGUGGAAAAUGGAAACCUAAAUUAAUUCAUAAUCCUGAUUAUUUUAAUGAUGAACAUCCAUUCUUAAUGUCAUCUAUUUAUGCUAUCGGAUUUGAACUUUGGUCUAUGUCUUCUGAUAUUAUUUUUGAUAAUAUUCUUAUUACUGACAAUGAAGAAGUUGCAAGAAAAUGGUCUGAUGAAACAUUUGAAGUAAGACGAGUUAAAAUUGCUGAAGAAAGUUGGACUAUAUGGCGUCAAAUAGCAACAUUUACUACAGAACAUCCUUGGAUGUGGGCUGUAUAUAUACUAGGUGCAGGCCUACCUAUACUUCUAUUAAUUUAUUGUUGCUGUUCUGGUAGUCAGGAAAAAAAUGAUGGAAAAGAAGAGGAAAAGCAAACUUUAGAUAUUAAUAAAGAAUUACUAAAUAAUGAAGAAGAAGAAGAAGAAGAAGAAGAAGAAGAAGAAGAAGCAGCUCAGCAAGAGGCAACUACAGAAGAAAACAAAGAAAUUGAAAAUACAAGUGAAACAGAGGAGAUAAUUGAAUCUAAAAUGGAUAAAUCUAGUGGUGAUGAUGGUCCAAGGCGAAGAAAACCAAAUAAAGAAUAAUAAACAUAAAAAUAAAUAUAAGAAGAAAUUUAUUGUUAAAGUGUUCGUCAUACUUUCACAUUCCACAUUAUGCUUGCCAUUGUGGAUAGUAGUAUUAUCAAUCACUAAAUAUGCGAUGUUUUCAUUAGCAAUUAGUUCCUUGUUUAGAGAUAUGCUAAGGAUGUGCUUCAAUUUUAAGUAUAGUUUAUCAUUACAUAAUAAUUUAAAAAAAAAUGUCCUUAUGUACACAUAAACAGUAAGUAUAUUUAUAAUAUAUUAAAAAACUCGACUUAUGUGUGCAUUUAAAUAUACAUAUGAGAGAUUUUCAUAUAUGUGUGUAAUAAAUAUCACUUAGCAGAACGAUCUUCUUACCUCCUAGUAAUGCGAAAAUGAUUUAAAGUACGGAGGAAAGUUGGUCAAAUGCGAAAGCUAUGUUGACCAAUGCGAAGAAAUCUUUUUUUAAGAUCUGCUAAAAAGAUGAGCAUAUGGGUAUUAAAUACAUUCGUUCCUCGAUUUACAUGGCACUGUUUAUAUACGUGAUAAAUAAUCUCUCCAUUUAUGCGAAAUUUUUAUAUACAGUUUCAAUUUAUAAAGAAGUACAUUAAUUUUAUACAUUACACUUAUGUUGAAUGUUUGUAGCGAAACACAUUACUAGCACUCUAAAAUAACAUGGAUUAAAAAUUAAUAUAAAACAAAAACGUUGAUUGUGUGUUUUUAAUCACAAUACUAACAUUAAUAACGAAUGAAACUUAUUUUCUUGAAUUUUCAUUUGUAUUAUUCUUGUGUGAAAAUAUGUGAAAUUAACUAUUUGUAUAACUUAUAAGUAUUUUCUUUUUUUUUUUUCAUACUAGAGUAGAUUCUAUUUAUGCGGGAUUGUUUUUUCGCGUAAAGAAAUAACAUGAUAUAAAUAAUUCGCGUAAAUCGAAGAACGGACGUAUUGUUGUGUAUCGCUCAAGAGAAUGUGUCUGGGAGGAAUGCGGCUCAAUAGUCGGUUAAAAUAGCCGACUGUUGUCCUAUUUUUAUUUGAGAUAUAUAACUCUAUAUCACACGUAUUUUUUCCUAUUGGCAGAAAGGAUCCGAUUUAUUAUUUCGAUGUGUUGUAGCAAAGAAAAAGAACAGAAUUAAUCGAAAGAGAAUACUGGAUAGAAUGAUAUAAGAUUUGCCCUGUUCAUGUCCCUAUUAACCAUAAAAUAUAAGUAAGUGUGCCCACCAAUAAGUAUGUAAAUCCUACGAUUAUCACUAAAAUCUUAUUAUGUAGAUUUGGUGAGUAUCAAAGGUGGGAGCAAUUUGAGUGAUGAACAUCUCUUACCCCUUUGCCAUCUCGCAUCCAUUCUACUCUGUGAUAGACAAUAGUAUAUGCAGGAUAAGUUAGUAAAAAUUAUUAUCUGCAACAACUCAUUAUCUAUUGAUCGAAUUAAAAAAUCUUGUAAUAAAUUACGUAGAAUUUUAAGAAAUGCAUUGGAUGAAUUUAGUUCGUUAAAUGGUCAUCAUAUAAGUUGUUGUUAAAUUCGUUCUACCAUCGGUAACAAUGUGAUAUUUAAAAAAAAAAUGUUACAUAAUUCAUUUAAAUAAUUUUAUAUGAUAACUAAUAGAUAUAUAUAACGAAUUAUUUGAAAUAAUAGUUUUUAAUAACUCAUCCUGUAUAUAUGUAAGUUCUAUUCGGGGAGAAUGCGUUUAAAUUUUGUUAGCUCGCGUACUGUGGCACAUUUUCUAAAAAAGAACGUUGAGAAAUUUAUUAGAUUUACUUUCCCCGGAAAAAUUUCAUCGAAUAUUGUCGCACGUGUAUAAAGAAAAAGAAUCUUUUUUAUUUAAACCAGGUAGUAAAAAAAGUACCUCGUUAAUAUUUUAUGUACACAUGUGCAAUCAUUUCGCAGCGACGAUUCCAAUAAUUGUACCCACGCAUACCCAUCUACAUAUGUCUAUAAAACAGUACAAAUGUUUGUACAUAUUAUAAACCCUUUAAAAAAUAUCAUUAUUUACAAUAAAGUUAACUUAUUAAUGGUAUAGUCAAACUAAACUAAAAUAAACGCUCCUAUUAUCAUCAUAUUAUUAAUACAUUUUAUAUUAAACAUCAAAAAGGAACACAUGUAUAUAACAUGAGUUCUAUAUAACAAAAAUAUCAAAAGAGCUUACAAGAAGAAGAGAUAAAAACUAUUGAGACUUAAAUUUCAAUACUCUUAACAGAAACCGAGUACCACGCUGAUCUUUAUAGUAACAGAAUAACAGAAUAUAUCUUUAAUUAUUAAUAAUUAAA